UUCUCUUGUGUGUGUGCAGGGUCAGGUCCAGAUGUGGGUGGACAUGUUUCCCAUGGACUUACCUCAUCCGGGACCUUCUGUGGAUAUUUCACCCCGAAAACCAAAAGGGUACGAGCUGCGAAUCAUCAUCUGGAACACAGAAGAUGUGAUUCUGGAGGACAGCAACUUCCUGACCGGUCAACAGUCCAGCGACAUCUACAUCAAGGGCUGGUUGAAAGGUUUGGAGGACGACCGACAGGAGACCGACGUCCACUACAACUCUCUGACGGGAGAAGGAAACUUCAACUGGCGCUUGUUCCCUUUCUUUUACAUGCCGGCUGAGAAGGUCGUGGUGGUGAGGAAGAGAGAGCAUAUUUUCUCUCUGGAUAAAACCGAGGAGAAGCUUCCUGCCAUCCUCAAUCUGCAGGUCUGGGACUUCGAGACGCUCUCCUCUGACGACUUCCUUGGCACGGUGGAGUUAGACCUGCACGGUUUCCCUCGUGGGGCAAAGACGGCCAAGGUGUGUAAGGUAGACAUGUUGACGGACGGGACGGAGAAAAUCUCCAUCUUCCAGCAGAAGAGAGCGAGAGGCUGGUGGCCCGUCAGCAAGUCUGGAGAGCUGACGGGGAAAGUGGAGGCGGAGUUUCAUCUUGUGACGGCUGAGGAGGCAGAAAAGAAUCCAGUUGGACGAGCGAGAAAGGAGCCGGAGCCGCUGCCGAAACCAAAUCGCCCAGACACGUCCUUCUCGUGGUUCGUCAAUCCAUUCAAGUGUUUCUUCCACCUCAUCUGGAAAAACUACAAGAAGUACAUCAUCAUCGGCCUGGUGCUGCUCAUCACAGCGCUGUUCCUCGCCCUGCUGUUCUACACACUGCCCGGCGCCAUUUCUCAGAAGAUAGUCAGCGGAUAACACACACACACACACACACAGACACACACACACACACACACACACACACAGACACACAG